GUCACAACCUAACAUAUGCUUUUGAGCAAAAACAUUCAGAGUAAAAAAGGAAGAAAAAAGUUUCUUUCUUUUUCUCUGUGAAAAAGAAAACAAAAAUGGCGCUCUCACGGCUUCGCCACCCAGUGAUCUCCCGCGCGCCGUCUCUCCUGAGAGCUCGACUUCUCUCCUCGUCCACCAGAUCACUCACUCGUACUUUCAGUGUGCAAAAUUCUGCUGAGCUUGGUGAUGAUAUGCUGUUAAGGCCAGCAACUUUGUCCAUGCUCACUGGAGUUCAUGAUAAACCAUCAAAGCUGAAGCCUUUGACGGGUGUCAAGUAUUAUUCAACUCAAGAUCCUUUGCAUACUGUCAUUGGGAUGCCGGCGUUGUCUCCUACAAUGACUCAAGGUAACAUUGCAAAGUGGUGGAAGAAAGAAGGAGACAAGAUUGAACCGGGCGACAUACUAUGUGAAAUUGAAACUGACAAAGCUACUAUUGAAUUUGAAAGUCUUGAAGAAGGGUUUCUAGCCAAGAUAUUGGCACCUGAAGGUUCAAAAGAUGUGCCUGUGGGACAGCCUAUUGCAAUAACGGUUGAGGAUGCAGAUGAUAUCCAAAACCUCCCUGCUAAUGUGGUCGGUGGAUCUGAGGUCAAAGAGGAUAUACCAGCACAUCAGAAUGUCAGAAAGGAAGAGGGGGUACAAGAUACAAGUUCUGUGGGCAUAAACACAUCAGAACUUCCUCCUCACAUUGUCAUUGAAAUGCCAGCUUUAUCACCAACAAUGAGCCAGGGAAACAUUUUUAAGUGGACAAAGAAAGAAGGAGAUAAGAUAGAAGUGGGUGAUAUAAUAUGUGAGAUAGAGACAGACAAAGCAACCAUUGAAUUUGAAUGUCUUGAAGAGGGAUACUUGGCUAAGAUACUAGCGCCAGACGGUACAAAGGAUAUAGCUGUUGGCCAACCAAUUGCAGUAACAGUUGAGGAUGCAUCUGAUCUGGAAACUGUAAAGAAUGCUGUUAGCAGUGGUUCACCUGUCAAAGAAGAAACACCAGUCCGUCAGGAUACCGGAGAUGUAACUAGAUCGGAAAAAACCAGUAUUUCAAGGAUCAGUCCAGCAGCAAAGUUGCUUAUUACAGAACAUGGAUUGGAUACAUCAUUGCUGAAGGCAUCAGGUCCUCAUGGUACAUUGCUGAAAGGGGAUGUUUUAGCUGCAAUCAAGUCAGGAAUAGGGUCUUCAAAAGUUUCAUCCAAAGAAAAGACUACUCCAUCACCGUCAAAGGCAUCAGGUGCUCAUGUCCCAAAACCACAAAAGUCAAAGCCAUCAAAACAGACAGAUUCUUUUGAAGAUUUUCCCAAUAGUCAAAUCCGCAAGGUGAUAGCUACUAGAUUGCUAGAAUCAAAACAAAACAUACCGCAUUUAUAUUUAUCAUCAGAUGUUAUACUGGACCCUCUUCUUUCUCUUAGAAGGGAUCUUAUAGAACAGCAUAAUGUUAAAGUUUCAGUUAAUGACAUUGUUAUCAAAGCUGUAGCUGUUGCACUGAAAAAUGUACCGGAAGCAAAUGCUUACUGGGAUGCUGAAAAAGGAGAAGUCUUUCUUUGUGAUUCCGUUGAUAUAUCAAUUGCUGUGGCCACUGAGAAGGGCCUGAUGACUCCAAUUGUGAAGAAUGCAGAUCAGAAAUCAAUAUCAGCAAUCUCUGCAGAGGUCAAGGAACUAGCUGAGAAGGCACGAGCGGGAAAGCUUAAGCCAAAUGAAUUCCAAGGAGGAACUUUCAGCAUUUCAAACUUGGGGAUGUUUCCUGUGGAUCAUUUCUGUGCAAUUAUAAACCCACCUCAGGCCAGUAUCCUUGCUGUUGGCAGAGGCAACAAAGUAGUUGAACCAGUGAUUGGAAGCGACGGAAUUGAGAGGCCGGCAGUUGUCACCAAAAUGAACUUGACAUUAUCGGCUGAUCAUCGAGUAUUUGACGGAAAAGUUGGAGGUUCGUUCCUCUCAGCUUUACGUUCAAACUUCAGUGAUAUCCGAAGGCUUCUUUUGUAAUGACAGGAAAGAAGCCUCGGCCUCAUCAUUAGCUAGGAGAUUUGCCAGAAAUAACCAUGGUGGCAGGUUUCUUUCAAAUCGUUCGAGAGGAUCACAGCAAUUUUUUCCCCAUGAUUUGCCUGUCCAUUUGCAUUUGUUGUGCCAUCUUGUUUUCUAGAAUUUCCAACUUCCCUUGUCCAUCGACGCAGAAAAAUCAUUGAGGUACCAGUGGGUGCAAAAUUUUUGCAUGACUUCCCAUCUAAUUCCAAGUGUUACCAUCCCCUGAAUAAAAGGGAAUAAUGUACAAACAUGGCCACAGAAAGCAUCCGCCAUUUUUCAGCAAUAAAUUCCCUUUUUAAUGUGCA